UAGAUGCUAUCCCACGCCCCGCUCCACCAUUUCGUGAGCUGCUGCAGCCGCAACCUCCUCCUGCUCGCCCGGCCCGCCCACCGCCGCCUAUUUGCCGCCUCCGCCCAGGAAUCCGAACCGGCCGAUCUCUGGAUCGCGAAGGUAGUCUCUACCAUCUUCCAACGCGCCCCCACUCAUGCCGCUGCCGCCGCCCGCCUCUCCCCCCUUCGGCCUGUCCUGUCCCCUUCCAUCGUCUUCACGUCCCUACGUCGCCUCCCGGAUUCCAGCUCUGCCCUUGGCUUCUUCUACCUUAGCCGCUCGGACCUCGCCGUCGUCCACCUUCCCCAAACUUUUACAUUCCUGAUCUCCUGCCUCUGCCGGUCUGGCCUACAUGAGGACGCUGUGAAGUUGUUCGACGAAAUGGCGAGGGACGGUCACACUGUGGAUGAUUCCUUCGUGGAGUUUCUAGCUAAUUCCUGUUUUGAAGCUGGUAAAUUGGACCUUGCCACUGGCCUCCUUGCUGCGGUUUCCAAGUACGGAUAUCGUUUCCAAUCCUACACUUUUAACAAGUUCUUAACUUCUCUAGUUCGGAGAGACCGAGUCGGUGAUGCCGUUCUUUUUCUAAGACAGAAUUUAGGUUCUCAGUUUCUAGUUGUCGAUACAUGUAGCUUCAAUAUAAUCAUAAAGGGCCUUUGUAGAAUUGGCGACUUGGAUACUGCAUUAGAGUUUUUCAAUCAGAUGCAAAGCUUUUGCUGUGUGCCAGAUAUAGUUACUUAUAACAUUCUUAUUGAUGGACUCUGUAAAGCUGAUCAGGUUGAUAGAGGGCACGAGAUUUUGCAGAAAAUUCAAUUGGAUAGUGCAUGUGUGCCGAACGUGGUCACAUACACAUCUAUCAUUUCUGGUUAUUGCAAAAUUGGCAAGAUGGAAGAGGCAUAUGAGGUUUUCGAUGAUAUGAUCGGUGCCGGAGUUAAACCCAGCAGGGUUACAUUCAAUGUCCUUAUCAAUGGGUAUGGUAAGCUGGGGAACAUGCCAUUGGCAAUUUCUUUGUAUGAGAGAAUGUUAAUUUGCGGUUGUCCUCCGGAUGUUGUUACUUUUACUUCAUUGAUCAAUGGGUAUUGCAGAAGUGGGCAGCUCGAUGAUGCAAUGAAGAUCUGGGAUGAGAUGAAUCAAAAGGAAGUAAAGCCCAACGGAUACACAUUUGCUGUUGUUAUACAUUGUUUGUGCCGGAAGAACAAAGUUGGUGAUGCGAGGAAUCUUCUGAAGGUACUGAGCAGGAGGAGAGAUGUCGUGCCACAAGCCUUCUUUUACAACCCUGUCAUCGAUGGGCUUUGUAAGUCCGGCAACGUGGAUGAGGCCAAUUCAGUUCUACUAGAAAUGGAGGAAAGGAGGUGCACUCCAGACAAAUAUACUUAUACUAUACUGAUCAUUGGACACUGCAUGAAGGGGCGAAUGUUUGAAGCUGUAGAAAUUUUCCAGAAAAUGGUCGAUUCAGGAUGUACUCCAGAUAGAAUAACGGUUGAUUUUUUCGUACCGUGUCUUUUGAAGUCUGGAUUUCCCCAUGAAAUCAACAAGAUAAAAUCUUUCAUCUCUGGAAGGAGUUCAAAUUUUGAGAUACCAGAUCUUCAGGACAUUCAUCUACCCAUUGGUAAAUGCUUGGAUAUUUCAGUAGCUAUUUAAUUAAUAAGGGUAUCAUGAUCAUCACAGAGCAGGGCCUUUUAAAGGACACAAUAGAGAAAUCCAACCUAUUGAAUUGAAAGUUAAACCAUUCAUUGCGGUAUCCCUAUGACCACAAAGCUUUGCCACCGUUUUCUCAAAAAAAUGAAGAUUUUUGAUAGAGGUGCAGGUAGGCAGCACGGUGUCACUGCCUGCCACUUUUUGUGCUUCUUUAGAAGCAUUAUGCAGCACAUAAUUUCAUGUUGAUGUUAUUGCUGUGAUCCAUGAAUACAAUUGAGUUUCUAUUAAAUGGUUGAUUUGAAGCUCAGUGAAGAUAUUAACAAGAUCAGAGAAUACUAAACAAGAUCUAUUCAACAUUUAUAAGGCCUCAUAUUGUUUCUUCCUAUACUAGUUAUAAUUGUUUAAAAUAAGUGUUUAGGUGAAGUUUUGCUACUUAUGCUGCCUUAUGUUUAGAAAUUUUGGCUGCUGGCAUUUUCAUUGGAAAGAAGAUGUGCACUUUUCUUCUUAUAAGAAACUUGUGUUUGGGAGCAUCCCCUUGUGAUAUUAUGCAAAGGAGUAUUUGUUCUUGGUAUUUGAAGGAUCACAAUUAUCAUUUGCUAAGAAUUUUAUGAACUGACCUGUUCAUCUAUUCAUGUUAAGGUACAUCUAUGGACUGAGCUGUUAAUUUUUUUGAUGAAGUUUGUGUAGAUAGCUGUUCCUAUGCACAUAAAUAUGUAGUAAAGUUUCAUGUGCACAAUGCAAAGUGAAUCGGCCAGUCGAGUGAAGCAUGUCCCGACCGGGGAGAAGGAUCCGAUCCACCGUCAACUUCGACACAUGGAGCAUUCAAACACUUGACGCUCAAAUAAAAGGGCGACAAAGGGAGCAGUAUACAGAAGUCGGGCCGAGCGGCUCCUUCGCUCGGCCUAGCUCGGCUCCUUCGCUCGGCCUAGCUCGGCUCCUUCGCUCGGCCUAGCAACAAACUUAACAUCAGUCGAGCACGCAGACAGUGGAUUUCUGACCUAGCAGCAAACUUCGGCCCGCAAAAAUUUUUCACCGACCAUCAAAAUAAAUCGGGAAGUACAUGUAGCCGACAAUCUAGAAAUCUAGUAUCCCUCAGUUGCAAGUCCUAUUUAGGAAAAAAAAAACUCUAUAUAUAAACUGUAGUUGAGAAUCGAAACUGGAACUGAGCUUCAUGAAUGCAUUAUAAGUGCCUUUUUAUCUCAACUUUGGUUUUUAAUGUCUGAUUUUGCUGGCCGUUGUGCUUUUUCUUGUAACUUUUGUUCUUCCUGUAGUCCUUAUUUCUCCAGUGCCAAGCAUGAAUUCUGUAUUGGGCAAG